CAGGUUGAUUACCGUCAAAGCCAUACCAGAAAAAUGCUUAGGAACACUAUCAGCCGCUUGUUACAAAAUAAUUCUCUAAAAUGUGUUACCGGAACUACUUCUUCUCGGAGUAUAAAUCUCAUUCCCAUGGUGGUAGAACAAACUGGCAGAGGAGAACGGGCCUAUGAUAUAUUCUCGCGACUGCUGAAAGAACGGAUUAUUUGCCUUAUGGGAAACAUAACCGAUGACAUUAGCUCUACCGUGGUUGCUCAAUUGUUGUUUUUACAAUCUGAGAAUGUCAACAAGCCAAUCCACUUGUAUAUAAAUUCUCCGGGUGGCGUUGUUACUGCUGGUCUUGCCAUUUACGACACUAUGCAGUACGUUAAGCCGCCUAUAGCGACGUGGUGCGUUGGUCAAGCAUGUUCAAUGGGAUCACUUUUAUUGGCUGCAGGAGCACCGGGAAUGCGAUAUUCAUUACCUAAUGCCAGAAUUAUGAUACAUCAACCCUCUGGAGGCGCACAAGGUCAAGCCACCGAUAUCCUAAUACAUGCCGAGGAAAUUAUCAAAAUUAAACGCCAACUUACUAGCAUAUAUGUAAAGCAUGCUAAAAACUCGUACGAAGAAAUGUGCCAACGAAUGGAGCGGGAUCAUUUCAUGACCCCCGAUGAGGCCAAGAUACUUGGUAUUAUUGAUCACGUGCUUGAACACCCACCAGAAACAGUCUCAGACAGUGGGCCGACAUCUGAUGGUGGUAAAACUGCUGGUAAAUCUGUUUCUGAUGAGCCCCAGAGGAAAAGGUCAAACCAGGCAGCUUAAGAUCUUUUCAUUUACGGAAACCCAAAUUCAAGCUUUAUCUUUAAAAUUGAAAAGCAACUUUCAUAUAAAAACUAUUUUUUCAAUACUUUUGUCAAUUUAAAAAAAAAAAAGAACACAUAUAUAUAUAUAUAUUUAUUUAAAUAUAUCUAAUUCAGACAUAACUACAUUUGCAUACGCAAAUGUUUGACAGAUGAAAGAAACUAGAA